CCUAAUAUUUUUAUAAAAGGACUCCUGACACGGGUUACUGCCGCCUCCGUUAAAUACUCCAAGGUGAGUGCAAGUGUGUCGUCGCGCGGAUCCUGUUCGCAGUGACGAGGCAUCACACCACUUGACGUUGCCCCAAUACACAUGUCCCAUUGGUUGCGCUUAUCUCCAACGAACGCGCGAUAGCAUUUCUCCUAUCGUAAACGGAACUAAUUGUAUCCGAUAUGAAAUCUAUGUUCAGAUUUAUUGGUUUGUUUGUUGUGUGCUCCGCUCCGGUGUAGAUUGAACGCGGUUCGUGAUUGUAAUAAUUGAUAGAUGGGGAAAGCCGCAACAAUAGGCCAUAAUGAGAAGCGUCAUUCUGUUCGCGGAACGGCAUUUGUCCGAAGGAUUUUCAUUGAAAGUAUCGAAAUAUGUGGAUUCAUCACUUGGAUGGGCAUCUGAAAGGGGCGAAGACUCCAGCUAUGACUCCGAGUGCGACGAGGAGGGAGGGCACAGGGCUGCUUCCAGAACUCCCUCGGAUACCCUCGCGGCGGAGUUCGCCGAGUACGUCACUCUCACUCCAGCCCCACCACACGCCAAUCAGGCUAAAAUUGAGUUCGCCGUUAAACUGGGCUAUUCAGAGCGAUUGGCACAUACAGCUCUAAAGCGGUUAGGACCUGACCCACCGCGUAAUGACUAUUUGGCCGAACUAAUCAAGCUUGCUGCAAAGAAACCCCAGCGUACCUCUUCACCUCCCAAACAAAUGGGAUACGACAACUCUCAAGACCGAGCUCUCCUGAGACACAUCGUGAUCGACGGAAGCAAUGUUGCAAUGGGCCAUGGCAACAAAGAAGUAUUCUCAUGUCGUGGCAUCGAGAUCUGCGUUGACUGGUUUCGUUCUAGAGGUCACAAAGAAAUCACUGUAUUUGUCCCGAAAUGGCGCAAGGAGGCGAACAGGCCUGAUAACCGAGUGACGGACCGCGAUGCUCUCGAAAGGUUAGAACGUGAUCGUAUCCUAGUUUACACGCCGAGUAAAAUACUCGGCGGUAAACGGACUAUCUGUUACGAUGACCGAUAUAUACUUAAACUGGCGGCUGAGACGGACGGAAUUGUCGUUUCCAAUGAUAACUACAGGGACUUGGUCGUGGAAAGUUUAGAGUUCAGAAAAGUAGUGGAGGAGAGAUUGCUCAUGUAUUCGUUCGUAAAUGACAGAUUCAUGCCACCGGACGAUCCACUCGGUAGAACAGGCCCAACAUUAGACGCUUUUCUCAGGGUACCCUCAUCGAAAACAAAUCUUCCUCCGGCUUGCCCAUACGGGCGCAAAUGUACUUAUGGAAACAAAUGUAAAUUUCAUCAUCCCGAACGCGCUGGCAAACCGCAUAAAUCUGUCGCGGAGAAAUUAUCAGAACGCGCAGCUAGGAAAGCGCACUUGCAAACUCUGAGUUUACCACCCGGAGGUCGGCCGGCUGAUAUUAAGAAACCAUUGGCGCGAGCACAUUCGGCGACUCCGAGACUUGCGGAUCCAAGUCUAGUCUCACAUUUUGAUAGAGCACAAGUCCUACCAGGAACGUCCCAAGCACCGCCGCCUGAAGCAAAUCCGCACAGAAAACUUGUGAGACAACUAACACUCAAUCCAGCCUGCGAUCCUCGACUACAUGUCGCUGCAGCACGGGUUUCCUCCGCACCGGUCGGAGCUAUGCCUCCUAUCAGGACAGGAGCAUCUCUAUCUCCAUGCGCCUCUGAGGGGGCUCUCCAAGUUUGGGAGGCUCGUAGAAGAAUGCAUUAUCACUUGGCUAACAUUUUCCCAGAAGCUCAAGUUACGGAAGCCAUGGCUGCAUACCCUGAUGAGAUAGAUGCUCAGAAAAUGUGCGCAAUUAUUCUAGCUCGUUAUAGACCUAGUGAAGCCACAUUGCCAUACAAUUAAAAUGUAGUGAAUUAUGAGAUUAAUUCGCUUCGAGAAUAUCCUCAAUUUUGUUAUAAAAUUGGGUGUAAUAUUCAAUUGAUUAUGAAAUUGGUAAAAAUUUUCUUUGAAAGGAGUGAAUAUGUUUUAGUUCGUUUUACAACUAAAAUGAUGUAUAUAGUCUGUUCUUAAAAUUGUUUUUGAUUUGUCGUUACGGGCAUUUAAUAUGGGGGAGUCGAAGAGCUCAAUACCUUAUUGUCCAUCUAAAAUGUUAUCGGCAAUGUUUAUUGCAAUAUAUCAACGAAAGAUUUUUAUAGAUUCUGUUGGCAUUAUUUGCUUAGUUAUAUUUAUAUGUAUGCUUCUAAGAAGUAUAUGGUUUUAUUUAAGUAUAAUAUGAUAAGUGUUGGUGUUGCAUAUGAAUCCUGGUCCACAAAUUACAAUGACCAACGGCAAAUGAAAGCUAUAGAACGAAAGAGAUAUUGGCUCAUUUACACAGUGCGAGCUGCUGCCUAGCCAGCUGACAGCUUAUCUA